AUGAGGUUUUUUUCCCCAAUUAAAAAUCUGUACAUUGCCGGCCCCCGUGUCCCUGCCCCUCGGCCAGCCUCCCUGCCCCUCGGCCAGCCCCCUUGCCCCUCGGCCAGCCUCCCUGCCCCUCGGCCAGCGCCCCUGCCCCUCGGCCAGCCUCCCUGCCCCUCGGCCAGCGCCCCUGCCCCUCGGCCAGCGCCCCUGCCCCUCGGCCAGCGCCCCUGCCCCUCGGCCAGCCCCCUGCCCUCGGCCAGCGCCCCUGCCCCUCGGCCAGCGCCCCUGCCCCUCGGCCAGCCUCCCUGCCCCUCGGCCAGCGCCCCUGCCCCUCGGCCAGCGCCCCUGCCCCUCGGCCAGCCUCCCUGCCCCUCGGCCAGCGCCCCUGCCCCUCGGCCAGCCCGCUGCCCCUCGGCCAGCCUCCUGCCCCUCGGCCAGCGCCCCUGCCCCUCGGCCAGCGCCCCUGCCCUCGGCCAGCGCCCCUGCCCCUCGGCCAGCGCCCCUGCCCCUCGGCCAGCGCCCCUGCCCCUCGGCCAGCGCCCCUGCCCCUCGGCCAGCGCCCCUGCCCCUCGGCCAGCCUCCCUGCCCCUCGGCCAGCCUCCCUGCCCCUCGGCCAGCGCCCCUGCCCCUCGGCCAGCCUCCCUGCCCCUCGGCCAGCGCCCCUGCCCCUCGGCCAGCCUCCCUGCCCCUCGGCCAGCGCCCCUGCCGCUCGGCCAGCCUCCCUGCCCCUCGGCCAGCGCCCCUGCCCCUCGGCCAGCCUCCCUGCCCUCGGCCAGCGCCCCUGCUACUCGGCCAGCCUCCUGCCCUCGGCCAGCGCCCCUGCCCCUCGGCCAGCGCCCCUGCCCUCGGCCAGCCUCCCUGCCCUCGGCCAGCGCCCCUGCCCCUCGGCCAGCGCCCCUGCCCCUCGGCCAGCCUCCCUGCCCCUCGGCCAGCCUCCCUGCCCCUCGGCCAGCGCCCCUGCCCCUCGGCCAGUGCCCCUGCCCCUCGGCCAGCGCCCCUGCCCUCGGCCAGCGCCCCUGCGCUCGGCCAGCCUCCCUGCCCCUCGGCCAGCGCCCCUGCCCCUCGCCAGCCUCCCUGCCCCUCGGCCAGCGCCCUGCUACUCGGCCAGCCUCCCUGCCCUCGGCCAGCCCCCUGCCCCUCGGCCAGCGCCCUGCCCCUCGGUCAGCCUCCCUGCCCCUCGGUCAGCCUCCCUGCCCCUCGGCCAAUGCCCCUGCCCCUCGGCCAAUGCCCCUGCCCCUCGGCCAAUGCCCCUGCCCCUCGGCCAAUGCCCCUGCCUCUCGGCCAGCCUCCCUGCCCCUCGGCCAAUGCCCCUGCCCCUCGGCCAAUGCCCCUGCCCCUCGGCCAAUGCCCCUGCCCUCGGCCAAUGCCCCUGCCUCUCGGCCAGCGCCCCUGCCCCUCGGCCAGCGUCCCUGCCCCUCGGCCAGCGCCCCUGCCCCUCGGCCAAUGCCCCUGCCCCUCGGCCAAUGCCCCUGCCUCUCGGCCAAUGCCCCUGCCCCUCGGCCAGCGCCCCUGCCCCUCGGCCAAUGCCCCUGCCCCUCGGUCAGCCUCCCUGCCCCUCGGCCAAUGCCCCUGCCCCUCGGCCAGUGCCCCUGCCCCCCAGAGCCCCUGCCCCCCAGUGCCACUGCCCCCCAGUGCCACUGCCCCUCUCCGCUGGUGUUGGUGACUGUGCGGAUUAACGCUGUGCGGUUCCCCUUUAAUUAG